CGCAGAGGAAGACUCGAUCUGGGAUUGGCUGUUCUGCCGGAUAUAUAAAGUUCUGGUUCCUUCCAGUCCUUCCUUUACUUCUCAAACCGGCAAGGACAAGUCCGCCUUGCUGCACUCCAGCCAGCACAUCCCCCAAAGUCAUCGGAGGUUCAAUCAAUCGGAAUCAUGUCUAAGGGACCAGCAGUCGGUAUCGAUCUCGGGACCACCUACUCCUGUGUUGGUGUGUUCCAGCAUGGGAAAGUAGAGAUCAUUGCCAAUGACCAGGGCAACAGGACCACACCCAGCUAUGUGGCCUUCACAGAUUCCGAGAGGCUGAUUGGGGAUGCAGCGAAAAAUCAGGUUGCCAUGAACCCCUGCAACACAGUCUUUGAUGCCAAAAGGCUGAUUGGCCGCAGGUUUGAUGACGCAGUUGUACAAUCUGAUAUGAAGCACUGGCCAUUCAAUGUCAUCAAUGACAGCACUCGGCCCAAAGUUCAAGUUGAGUACAAGGGUGAGUCAAAGUCCUUCUACCCAGAGGAGAUCUCUUCCAUGGUACUGACCAAGAUGAAGGAGAUUGCUGAAGCCUACCUCGGAAAAACUGUCAACAAUGCUGUAGUCACAGUGCCCGCCUACUUCAAUGACUCCCAGCGCCAGGCAACUAAGGAUGCAGGCACUAUCUCCGGCCUCAACGUUUUGCGUAUCAUCAAUGAACCAACUGCUGCUGCUAUUGCAUAUGGUUUGGACAAGAAGGUUGGGUCAGAAAGGAACGUUCUCAUCUUUGAUCUUGGCGGUGGCACCUUUGACGUGUCCAUCCUGACCAUCGAGGAUGGCAUCUUUGAGGUCAAGUCCACCGCUGGAGAUACACAUCUUGGUGGGGAAGAUUUCGACAACCGCAUGGUCAACCACUUCAUCGCUGAGUUCAAGCGCAAGUUCAAGAAAGACAUCAGCGACAACAAGAGAGCUGUCCGUCGUCUGCGCACCGCUUGUGAGAGGGCAAAGCGCACAUUGUCUUCCAGCACCCAGGCCAGCAUCGAAAUCGACUCCCUGUAUGAGGGAGUUGAUUUCUACACCUCCAUCACCAGGGCUCGCUUUGAGGAGCUCAAUGCUGACCUCUUCCGUGGCACGCUGGACCCUGUGGAGAAGUCUCUUCGUGACGCAAAGAUGGAUAAAGGACAGAUCCAUGACAUUGUGCUGGUCGGUGGCUCCACCCGUAUCCCCAAGAUCCAGAAGCUGCUCCAGGAUUUCUUCAAUGGAAAGGAGCUCAACAAGAGUAUCAAUCCCGAUGAAGCUGUUGCUUAUGGAGCUGCUGUCCAGGCUGCCAUCCUGUCUGGUGACAAGUCUGAGAAUGUGCAGGACUUGCUGCUACUGGAUGUCACCCCUCUGUCCCUGGGUAUUGAGACUGCUGGAGGCGUGAUGACUGUCUUGAUCAAACGCAACACCACCAUCCCUACUAAGCAGACCCAGACCUUUACCACCUACUCUGACAACCAGCCUGGUGUGCUCAUCCAGGUUUAUGAGGGAGAGCGGGCCAUGACCAGAGACAACAACCUGCUGGGCAAGUUUGAGCUGACGGGCAUCCCUCCUGCUCCCCGUGGUGUUCCUCAGAUCGAGGUGACAUUUGAUAUUGAUGCCAACGGCAUCAUGAAUGUCUCUGCUGCUGACAAGAGCACUGGAAAGGAGAACAAGAUCACUAUCACCAAUGACAAGGGUCGUCUCAGCAAGGAGGACAUUGAACGCAUGGUCCAGGAGGCUGAGAAGUACAAGUCAGAGGAUGAUGUCCAGCGUGACAAGGUGUCUGCUAAGAAUGGAGUGGAGUCAUAUGCUUUCAACAUGAAGUCAACUGUGGAGGAUGAGAAGCUCGCUGGCAAGAUCAGUGAGGAAGAUAAGCAGAAGAUCUUGGACAAGUGCAACGAGGUCAUCAGCUGGCUUGACAAGAACCAGACUGCCGAAAGGGAUGAAUAUGAGCAUCAACAGAAGGAGCUGGAGAAGGUGUGCAACCCCAUCAUCACUAAGCUGUACCAGAGUGCCGGUGGUAUGCCAGGUGGUAUGCCAGAAGGCAUGCCUGGUGGCUUCGGUGGAGCUGGUGGUGCCGGUGGUGCUGCUCCCGGCGCCGGAUCAUCCGGACCUACCAUUGAGGAGGUCGACUAAACAUUCCCUCACCUCAGCUGCUACUUCCUGAGAAAGUAUUCUAAGAAAGUAACCCUCUUAUAGCACAAGUCACAACAAGCUUAAGAGUGUAAUUUAAAGAUAAAAUUGGGUUCUGGGAUCACAUUAUUGCAUCAUUUGACACAACUGGGAAAAGCUUUUAGUUGACUCCAUGGCGCAGUGAGUCGUUCAGAGUUUUGUAUGUCACUGCCUUGUUAAUAAACUUGAAACCCUU